UUCUGAGGCCUUGCUGAGGUUUAAUUACUUAUAGGCUCUAGUGGUUAAAAGUAAUUUAAGAUGUUCGUACUACUCAGUUUUAAUUCUCUAAUUGACUGUUAUGUUAAGAGACGUUUUAGCUUGGGAAUGGUUAAAUGGCCAAAGAAUUCAAUUAUUUGCGGAUAAGGGCUAUUUUAUUUAACUACUGUUGGCCUGCAACUUAAACUUGCAUCUUUUAUUUUUUUUUUUAUCCUAUGCUUUUUCUGUGUUAUGGCUGCUGCAACAAUAGUUCAUGAUACAUCAGAAGCUGUAGAGCUCUGUGCUCCCUGUGGGUUAUACCUUAAACCCAUUACAAAAAUGACCAUCAGUGUGGCACUUCCUCAGCUGAAACAGCCAGGAAAAUCCAUUUCAAACUGGGAAGUGAUGGAAAGACUGAAAGGGAUGGUGCAAACUCAUCAGUUUUCCACUCUGCGAAUCUCUAAAAGCACAAUGGAUUUCAUCCGGUUUGAAGGAGAGGUUGAAAACAAAAGUUUGGUUAAAUCUUUUCUGGCAUGCCUCGACGGCAAAACAAUAAAGCUGAGUGGCUUCUCUGACAUUUUGAAAGUCCGUGCUGCGGAAUAUAAGAUUGACUUUCCUACCAGGCACGACUGGGACUCGUUUUUCCGUGAUGCGAAAGAUAUGAACGAAACUUUGCCGGGGGAGAGGCCAGAUACCAUUCACUUAGAGGGCUUACCUUGCAAGUGGUUUGCAGCAAAGGACUCUGGCUCAGAGAAGCCGAGUGAAGAAGUCCUUAUAAAAGUUUUCAAGAAAUUUGGAGAAAUACGUAAUGUGGACAUACCCAUGCUGGACCCUUACAGAGAAGAAAUGACUGGCAGAAAUUUUCACACCUUUAGUUUUGGAGGCCAUUUAAAUUUUGAAGCGUAUGUUCAGUACCGAGAGUACGCAGGUUUCAUUAAGGCCAUGAACGCCCUGCGAGGGAUGAAGCUGAUGUAUAAAGGCGAUGACGGCAAAGCAGUGGCUUGCAAUAUAAAGGUUUCUUUUGACUCGACGAAACAUCUCAGUGAUGCAUCGAUUAAGAAACGUCAGCUUGAAAGGCAAAAGCUUCAAGAGCUUGAAAAACAGAGAGAAGAACAGAAACGUAAAGAGAAAGAAGCUGAGGAAAAACAAAAAGAGGAAGAAAG